AUGAAAUUAAUUGUUCUAUAUUUGGUGUUUUCGUUAUAUUUCUUUGACAAAAAAAUUGUUUGUAAUAAAAAAAAUGGAAAGAAUAAAAGUAAUAACCAUAAUUAUUUUAACAAUACCAAUAAGCAUAUUGAUAAAGAGGUGAUAUAUAAUUUACCAGAAAAUGAUAAUUUAUUUCAUGUUCUUAAAUAUUUAAUACAUGAAGAAAAUAAAAAUAUUUUAUAUGAUAUCGAUGCGAGUUUAUAUACAAAGAUAGAGAAGAAAGAAUAUAUUACCAAAGAAGAUUUAUUAAGAACAUUAGAACUUAUAGAAAAAAAGAAUGUUGAUUGUAAUGAUAAUACAAAAAAAGUAAAGAUUGCUAAAUUAUUAAUUGAUAUUAACGAUCUUUUAAGAACAAAUUAUAUUAUUCUUGAUGAUUACAAAGAAAUAAAUAAAAAUGAUUUAUCAAAAAAUGGUUUUUUAUUAAAAUUACAAAAUUCUUUAAAUAAAAGAGACAUGGUAAAUUUUAAGAGAGUUAGCCAAGAUAUUAUAUUAAGAAAUCAAUAUUUAGAAAAAAAUUAUAAAUUAUGUAGUAUAUCAAAUGAUAUGUUAAUUAUAAGUACUCCUAGAAAUUUAAAUAUAUCUGAUACAAGUAUAAAAGAAAUAAAAUAUCCAUCAUCUAUAAAUAUUAUGAAUGAAAGAUUUUGUGACAAUGUCAUAUCUUGUAAUGUGUCAAAUAUAUCACCUUUACAAUUAAACAAGUCUAUUGAUUUAUAUAAACCAUUACUCGAUUUGGAUAUAAAAAAUAGAAUUGAUGAAUAUAGAAAAAAAGUAAUAUCUUAUUUUGAAGAUUCAAAGAGUGAAAACUUUUAUUUAAUAAGAGAUGAAUUUAAUGAAAUAAAAAAAAAAAUUUUCUUACAUAUUCAUCCUAGUAAAAUGCCAGAAGCAAAACCUAACAAUGAUAUUUUUAAAAAAGAAGAUAUAGAAGGAAAUGAAAUUAUUACAUAUGUAUCAAAUAAAAUUGAAAAUAAGGACAAUAUAAAAAAUAAAGAAGAAUACAUAUUAAAGAGUAAUAACAAUAAUGUUAUAAAAAUUGCUUCUAAAAGAACUAAAAAGGUUAUUCAUAUACCUAUAAAAAAAAAAAAAAAGAAAUUGUCCAAUGAUAUAAAGGUAAAUGUGAAUUCAUCAACCAACAGUGAUAAUAAUAUUAUUUGUAAUGAUACAAUUGAUACAUGUACGAAAAUAGAAAGUGAAAAUGGAAAUAAAAAAAAUGAUAAUGUGAAGAAUACAAAUCGUAUAUAUCAUAUCUUUUUAAAAAAAAAAAAUAAUGAAAAAAAAUGUGAUAUUUCUAAACAAAUAAUUUAUAAUAAUAAUAUGUUUAAAGAAAAUGAUGUAAUAAAACCAUUUACACAUAAUGACAAUAUUUUAAAAAAAAUUAUUAUUAUUAAAGACGUUUCAAGAGAAAAACCAACAAUUAAAGAAAUUAUACAUCAACAACCUAUUCCUGUAGAGAAUUCAGAAUUAUAUAACAUAUCUGAGCAUAUUCAAAAUAAAUGUAAUUGUUGUUUUUAUUCUAUACCAUUGAUUCAUAUAUAUCAUCCUAAUGGUAGUAUGCAUUGUUUAUCUUGUUCUCAGUAUGAAAAAAAUGUAAAUAGAAAAUGUCCUAUAUAUGAGAAAUAUAUCACCUUUAAUUAUAACGAUACAUGUCUUUUAUGUGUUCCCUCUAGUUAUAUAACGAAUAAUUGUUUUUGUAAUUUAAUACCUUCAAAAGGAAUAGGAAAAAAAACAAAUGAUUCAUCUAGGAAAUUAAAUAUGAUGCCACAUUUUAGUACUAUGAUAGAUGUAUAUGGAAAUAAAAAUAUUGAUGGUUAUAAUUAUUUUGAGAACGAUAACGACCUAAUAGUUUACUCAAAUAGUGAUGAACCUAUUUUAAAGAAGAGUCAUAAAGAAAGACCUAAUAAAAAACAUUCACAUAGGUAUAAAUUAAAAUGCCCUGUUGGUAAUAGACCUAGUGGUAUAUUUUCUGGACAAUCAAUUUCUAUUUUUCCUAUUAUAGGGGAUAAUAUAAAUAGAGGUGAUUAUGAUAAUUAUGUAUAUUAUGAUGAAGAGGAUGAAAUGUGUUAUAAUAUAAUGAAUGAUGACAAUAUAAAUAUAAAUGAUGAAGAUGAUAAUUAUGAAAAAAUUUUAUAUGAUAAAGACAAAAUAGUUCAUUUAAACAGUAGUUCCUUUGAUGCUAUUAAUAUUAAAAUAGGAGGUCAAGAAUUGAAUAUUAAUGAUAGAAAUGAAGAAAAUGAUUUAUUAGAUAAGGAAUCUAUAGAAUAUAUAAAUGAGAUAAAUGAAAAGGAAUAUUAUGAUUCGAUGGAGGCAUGUAAAGAUUAUCGUUAUCAUCAUGCAUUUGAAGAAUCUAUAAAAAAUGUAAAUAAUAGAGAAUGUUACAAAAAUAUAUAUUAUAGUACAGUUCAUAAAAAGGAAGACAAUAUGGAUAAAAAAUGUUCACAUGAUAUAGAAAGUGGAAAUGAAAAUGAAAGUGAAAAUGAAAGUGAAAGGGAAGGUGAGAGUGAAUGUGAAAAUAUUAAUAAUAAUAAGAAUAAUAAUGAUGAACAAAAGAAUUAUUUUCUUUUUGAUCUUAGAUUUAUUUACAAAACUGGAUUUUUUACUAAAAGAAAAACAAUUAUUAAUUCUUAUUUAAAAACUAAUAAAAUUGAUAUUACAUAUAAUAAAGAAAAGAUACUUUAUUUAUUUAAAAGCUUAUUUGAAAAAACAUUCAAAGAUAUAAAUUAUCAAAUAAAAGAAUCAUUAGUUCACAUGUUUCCAAUUGUACAAAAUUCAGAAAUAGAAGGAUUCGAUUUAGAUUUUGGUAAGGUUAAAUUACAUUAUGCUACAUCUAUUAAUAUGUUUAAAUAUUCUGUUUUUGAUCUUAUUAAUAUGAAAAUUUAUUUUAUUAGCCCAGAUAAAACAUAUAUACUUCUGGAAGAUAUUAUCAGAGAAAUAAGGGAAGAAAAAGAAAAUUCGAAUAAUGAUGGAUCACGACGAAAAAACAAAAUCAUAAAUAUGUAUUCACAUGAAAUGAAUAUAACAAAUAUUGAGUGCAGUACUGAAAAUACUAAAACGAAUACUACCAAUAGUGAAUCCAAAAUAACAACGACAAGAGAAAAUACAACUGUGAUAAAAGAAAAGAUUGACACGCAUGAAGAGAACAAAAAAUGUGACAACACAAACAAGAAUAAUAAUAAUAGUAAUAGUAAUAAUAAAAAUAAUAGUAAUGAUAAUAAGAGAGAUAAUGAUUCUUUUGAACACAUGGAUAUACAAAAAAAUGAUUCUAUUACAACUAAUAUAGAUUGUAAUAUUAUACAUAAUAAUACAAAUGAUAGUAGUAAUAAUAAGAGAAUUAAAUACAAUUUAAAUAUAUUAAAAUUUUUAUUGAAAUAUAAAGAUCUCUUAUCCAAAGAAGACAUAAACUUGAUCAGUGAUAAAAAUAAUCUUGUAACUAUUGAUAAAAAUGAUAAACCUAAUAUUGGCAAUGAGAUUAUAGAAAUAACUAUUAGAAAAGACGAAAAAAGAAAUAUAGAAAACAGUUGCAUUUAUACAAAUAAUUCGGUUAUAAAUAAUAUAGAUACUAAUACAAGUGAAUCUAUAAAUAUUAAUGGUGGUGAAGGAAUAAAUGCAGUCAUUGAAACUGUUGAUAAAUAUUUAGAUAAAUAUUUUAGUGUACAUAAUAUGCCAAUAUAUUAUAUGGAAAAUAUGAAAAUUUCUAAAAAUAUUAUAUAUGUCACAUCUGAUGUAAAUAGUGAUUUAGAUAUGCUUAAAAUGAGUAUAUUAGGUAUAUGUAAUAUAACUAAUAAAUCUAUUGAUAGUUUUAAUUUCUUUCUAGUACGAAAGGAAGCAGAAUUAUAUGAUCCUAACAAAUGUCAGAGAAUACCAGAGCAUAUAAAAAAUGUGCAAGAUUUAUAUAACUAUAGUAAAAUGUUAGACAUGAAAAUUAUUAUUGCACCUAUAUAUGCAGAAGAUAUAGAUAUAAUACCUAAAAGUUUUGAUUAUUUGUUUGAAUUCUAUAAAGAUAAAGAUGAUAAAAAAGACGUGACAACAAAUUCGAAAGAAAAUCAAUGUCAACAAAAAGAAAAUGUCGAUAAACAGGAAAGGAAUAAAAGAGAAAAUGAUACAACAAAAAUUACAUUGUCAAAUAUGAAGCACAAUUAUAAAAUGGACAGGAACAACAACAACAAUAAUAAUAAUAGUAAUACUAAUAAUAGUAAUAAUAGUAAUAUUUAUUAUUAUAAUCAUAAAUUGUCCUUGUUUAAUGAUGGGGAUAGUAAAAAAACCAACGAUGAUACAACUAACUUGGAUGAUAAAAAUUACUAUUUUUUCAAUUAUGAUGAUAUGAAAUCACUUAUUUUAAAUGAUCCAGAAAAUGAUGAAAAUAUGGAAUAUCUAACUGAAGAAAUAACCGUUUAUGAAGAUGAACAUAUUUAUAAAGAAGGGAAUUUAUAUAAUUCCUUUGUCAUAUAUAUAGAUAAUCCUUUUAAACGCAUUAAUAUAAAAAAUGCCCCUAUAUUAAAAGGUUAUACUUUAAAUUUAUUUAUAAAUGAUAUAAUGAAUAAAAUGAUACAUAUACCUUCCACUUUUAUUAAUACACAAUCGUUUAAAAAAGGAAUGUGUGUAAUGAGUUUAUGUUAUUGUUUUAAUUAUUAUUCAUUAAAUAUAUAUACAAAUAAUAUUAUUUUGUUAAACUUUGAUAAAGAUGUUACAUUAUAUGAAGUAAUAAAAGAAUUUAAAAGUAGAGAGAAUGAAUAUUUAUUAAUAAAGAAUAAAAUGAAUGAAGAAUGUGUAGAUGUUGAUAACCUAUCAAAUAUUAAAUCACCAGAUACAAUAGAUUUGAUAGAUUCUAAAUAUAUACAUUUGGAAUUCCCAUUAUUAUAUAUAGAUGAACAUUCUAAUUUUUUUCAAGAUAAAAUUAUAUUAAUGAAUGUACCCGAAAAUUUAACAAUAUAUGAAUUAUGUAAAUCUAUGAAGAAUAUAUUAAAUGAAUCAUUAAUAUCAUUUAAUUUAAGUACCAUAAAUGAUAUAAAAAUAUAUACAAUAAGAGGAAGACAAUGGGAAAUGGUAUUAGAUAAUCUUUUAGUUUUUGAUUUAAAAAUUAAUUAUCAAGAUAUUUUUACAAUAUUGAUUGAUAAUAAUUUUUUAACUAAAAAUUAUUAUGAAUUAUUAUCUAAUAUUAUAAUAGAUUUUAGAGAUAAUAAUAUGUAUAUUAAAAAGUUAGAUAUAUAUAUAGAUUAUAUUUUCCAACCAUAUACUAUAUAUAACAUACCUAUAUAUAUUACUCCAAAUAAUUUAAAAUAUAUUCUAUUACAAUAUACAAAUACAUUUUUAUCUAAUUCAUUAUUAGAUGAAUUUUUUUUUACUUACAAUAAAAGACAUACAACAAUUAAUGUCGUUCCAGAAGUAAGGAACUGGGAACAUGUAGACGAUUCGGAUGUAUAUAUUUAUGAAGAAAAUGAUAUAAAUGAUAAAACAAAAGAACAAAAAAGAAAUAUAUCAUUUAUAUAUGUACUAAAUAUGUUAAGUACUUUUUACAAAAUUAAAUUUAACUCUAGCAAAUUGUUAGAAUCUGUAAUGGGUGAAUUACAUCAAUUAUGUGGGAAAGGGUUUAAUGAAAAUCUGUGGUUAGACAUAAAAAAAUCUUCAAAAAAUGAAAAAGAUAUAGAAAUAUAUUUAGAAAAUAGUUCAAAAAAAGUAUUAGUUAAAAAUGUACCUUUAGAUUUAUUAGUAUGGAAACUUAUUAAUAUUAUAAUGAGAGGUUCAUUUAAUAUACCUAUAGAGGAUAAGGAGAAAUUAUAUAAUUUAUUUAUGUUAGUACCUAAAAAUAAAGACAAAAUAAAAGAUAAAAAUGUGGAUUACUAUUUUUUAUCUAUUCCUGGUUAUACUGUUGAGGAUAUGUUGAGAGUAUUUGAAAAGAAGAAGAAACCUAAAAAAAAAGGAAAAGAAAAAAAGAGUACUAAUGAUAAUCAGAAUUAUGAAAUAAUUUAUGAUAAUAAUAGUAAUAAUUUUAAUAAUAGUAAUAAUAAUAAUUAUAAUAAUUAUGAUGGUAUGAGAACAAAUUAUUAUAAGAUUCUGUUAAUUAAAGCAUACCCACAACACUUACAUGCAAUACAAAACAAUGAGAGAUUUAAUGAAUAUCUUACAUUCAAUUUAGAAUCGUUACCUUCUGUUAUCGAUUUUAAGAACCCAAUAACGUGUUUAAGUUUUUAUGUUAAUUAUAAAAAUGAAAAUAAAAUGACUCAUAUAAUUAAUGUACCUGAAAAUAUAUCUACAGAUAUAUUGUUAAAAACUAUUUUGUCUGAUAAUUUUUGUAGGUGGAAAAAGUUACCAAAUGAAGAAAAAAUUAAAUUCUCACUACAUUUAAAUAAAAAAGAAAUAACAAAUAUUAAAGAUUAUAUAAAUAAUACAGAUAUAGCACAACUGAAAACAUUUAUUUUAAUAAAUAAUAAUAGAAGAAGGGUACAUGAAAAAUAUAUUGAUUUAGAUAAUACAACUGAAAUAGGAUCUAAUAUAAAUAAUAUAUCAAAGGAAGAAUUAAAAGAAAUACAAUUAUAUGAUAAUGUAUUAAGAGAAAUAUUAAAUAAAAAUUAUAUAGAUUAUAAUAAUAUAUCUCUUAGUGGUUAUACAAUAACAGUUUAUGUUUUUGAUGGUAAUAAUUAUGAACCUUUAACAAUCUAUAAUGUACCCUUAAAUAUAACCAAUAAAGAUAUAAUAAACUUUUUAUUAAUAAAAGCAAAUCAUAUUAAUAUAAUGAAAUUAAUUGAUGAAUUUUUUUUACUAAACGAAAAAUUGUAUAAUACAUAUAUAAUAAAAAAUAAAAAUAAAAACAUGGUGGAACAACAAAAUGUUCUUUUUAUAAAAAAUUUAAAUGAUGAAGAAGUAUUUCAAUUCAAUGAAUCCAAAUUUUAUUUAGUUCAUAAUCCUUUAUUUAACUCUUUGGAUAAUUUAUUUCAGAAUAUUGUUCAUAAAAAAUAUGAUUUUAAAUCUGAAAAAAUGGAUGUACAUGGAGUAAGUGAAAAAUUUGAAAAUUUGACGCUAAACAUUUUAAUAAACAACGAUAUUAAUAAUAUAAAUAAUAAUAAUAUAAAUAAUAAUAAUAUAAAUAAUAAUAAUAUAAAUAAUAAUAAUAUAAAUAAUAAUAAUAUAAAUAAUAAUAAUAUAAAUAAUAAUAACAUAAAUAUUAUUUAUAAUAAUAAUUUUAGUUUUGGUAAGAAAAAAUUUGUCAUUACUGUUUUGAAUAUUCCUUAUAAUAUGUAUAUAACCGAAUUUUUAAGAUAUUCCAUAGGAUAUCAAAGAAAGUGGAUAUACAAAUUUCUUCUCUUUUAUAUUAUUAAAGGUAGUGAAAAAUAUAUACUAAAUGAUGGAAAUGAUAUUAUUAGACAUGGAAAAACAGUCAGCGAAAUAUUUCAGAUAUGUAAAUCUGGAGAUCUUUGCACCUUACACAUUGAUAUAAAUUUUAAUGAAGCUGAUAAUAAUUUGGAGAAUGAUAAAUCUAAUUAUGAAAUUAACACAAAAGAUAAGGAAAUGCGAAAGGUCGAUGUAGGUUUAGAUGUAGAUGUGGAGGGUAACAUAAAUGAAUUAGUAAAUAGCCUUCACAAUGAUAAUGAAAACCGUUUUAUAGUAUUAAAAGAAUUAAGUAAGAAACUAUAUGCAGAAGACUAUGAAAAUAAAAAAAUAGAUAUGUCCAUAAUAUGCUUUGAAUAUAAUGCUGGUUUAUAUGAAAGAAACAUUUUUGGUAGUUCAAGAAUUUGUAAUAUUCCAAAAAAUUAUACUGUUGGAGAUGUUUUAAGAUAUGUAAAAAAUAAAAUAAUUGAAGAUACUAAUAUAAAUAUGUUGUAUGAUUUAGAAUUAAAAAUUAUAUAUAAUGAUAAUUAUAUAGAUAUACCAAAAGAUAUGAAUAUAGAAUAUGUAAUAAAUUAUUUAUUUAUAUAUACACCUUUUAUAGUAUAUCCAUCAGAUGAUAUAUCAAAAUAUAAUAAUAUAAUUCAUUUAAUUUUAUAUAAUACCAUUAUAGAUAUAAAAGAAAAUACUUUUGUUAAAAAAGAUAUUCCGAUAUAUCUUAAGAAAGGUAAUAUUUUUAAAAAUGUUAGUUUAAAAUAUAUACCUAUAAAUAUAAGAGAGGAUGAAUUAUUAACAUAUAUAUUACAUUAUUUAACAGACAAUUCUGAGGUUAUUUCUUUUAUAAGAGAUAUAACAUGUAUAUGUAUUUAUCCUUUAUGUGAUUCCAUUUAUAUAUAUCAUCAAAAAAAACAAUUAUCAUUAAUACCUUCUAUAUCUUAUCAUAUACAAUUAAAAAAUAUUUAUUAUAUAUCUACCGUACAAACAUAUGAAAAUUUUUAUAAUAUAUUAGGUCAUACGGAAUUAAAUUUGAAUAAGUACUUACAUAUACAAAAUGAUGGAAAUAAUUAUAAGAAAAAAGAAGCAUAUAAUAAUAUUUAUUAUAUGAAUAAUGUGGAUGAAUUGAUACACCUGGAUGUUAAUAUAAUAUUUCCAAGCAUUCAAAAAAUUAUACGUGUAAAGAAUUUGAAUGUAAAUAUAAAAAUAGAAGAAUUGUUGUAUAAAAUAUUUGGUUGUAUAACUAACAAAAUAUAUAAAUGGGGGGAACUAUUUACAAAUGGGGUAGGAAAUAAAGAAAAGAUUAAUAUUAUGAAUGAUCACAUAAAGAACAAUAAUAAUAAUAUUAAAAGUAUUAAUAAUAUGAAUAGUUGUGAUAGUAAUGAUAGAAUGGAUAAUAAAGUGUUAAAAAAUUACUUAUCUGAGGAAGAAAAUAUUAUAACAUUUAUUUUUUGUUCUCAUGAUAAUAGCAUACAUGAUUAUCUCACCUCUAGAAUGAUAUAUCUUCCGGCAAUUAUAAAUUAUGAAACAAAUUAUAUAACUUUCUAUAGUAGUAUAAAUGGAUUUGCUAAUAAUGAAACUACUUUUCAUGGGUUUCCAAAUUAUCUAAGUCCAGAAACUAUGUUGACCAUAUUACAAUAUAAUUUCUUUCAUAUCAUAGGAAAAAAUUAUUUGAAAUUAUAUGGAAGUUUGUAUGAUAAUGGAAGUGAUGAAGAUAUAAUAUAUAAUACAAAGGAUAGAAAAAAAUUAGAAAAUACGGAGAUAUAUAAUAAAAGUUUUAUUGCUAUGAGGGGUGCUAUAAAAUUUAUCUUGCGAAUAAAAAAUAAGGACAAAAAAAAGAAACCAUUAGAUACAAUACAAAAUUUAAUAAAUAAUGAAUUAAAUAUAUCGUGUGAAAGUGUAGAAAAUGAAGUUGAUAUGGAAGAAUGUAAUGACUUUCUUUCUUCUUUAAAUAAUUCAAGUAUAUUUUGGAAAAAUGGUAUAUUAGGAUUCAUGGCAAAUUCAAUAGUUACUCGUGAUAAUAUGAAUAAUAGUUUAAUAUUACCUUAUGUAGAUUUUGAAAUAAAUGAGAAGAUGUUUUUACAAAAUAUUUUAUAUCAUAUAAAUAUAUCUCCAUAUUUAUAUAAAUUAUUUGAGUUAACUCAUAUAGAUAAAAAAUGUAAUACUUAUAAAAAAAAAUUAAAAAAUAGUGUUGCACAUAUUCAAUGUUUAUUGUCAUAUGGAUUUAGUAUAUAUUUUGAUUUACAUUAUGAUAGUACAUUUGAUAAAUAUAAAGGAUUUACAUUAGGAGAAAAUUCUUUUGAUAUAACACAAAUACAUUCAUUUCAAAAUCUUCAUGAACAAAAUUUUGUGGAUUUAAUUUUAUAUAAUCAUGAUGAUACAUUUAUUACAAUCAAAAAUGUAUAUAGAGAUAUGACAGUUGGAACAUUCUUAAAUGACUUAUCAAAAACAAGAUGUCAUAUAUUGGGAUUAACAUAUAAUCAAAUAUCUACUUAUUACAAAUUAAUCUAUGAAAUAUAUAAUGAAACACAUGAAAUAUCACCACAUAUGUCUAUAGCAGAUGUAUAUAAUAUUGUGAUAAGUUUUUCUAAAUCCAGCAUAUUAUUAAAAAUAAAGAAAAUUGAUAUGAGCAAGGAUAAAUCACACAAUAAUAAUAAUAUUAAUAGUAAUAGUAAUAGUAAUAAUAGUAAUAGUAAUAAUAGUGAUGCUAUUAUUAUUAACAGUGGUAAUGUUGUCUAUAGUAGUGCUUUACCAGAUUUAUAUUUAAGCCCAUAUCCUCCAGUUAUAGACAUGAGUCAAAAUAAUUUUCAAGUUAAUAUAUAUAUGCACUCGAAAUUUAUACAAAAUGAUUAUUCCUUAAGAGAAGAUAUAGUACCACAUAUUACUAUUAAUAAUGUACCAUCAAAUGUAUUUAUUAUAUCAUUAAAAGAAUUGUUAAAAACAAUAUUUAUAGAACAUAUGGAAAAAUCACAAACUACUACAUUUCAGUUAAAUUUAUAUGACUUUGAGGUCGAAUUAUUUAUUCUUACUUUUAAUCGUUUUAAUACUAAAUUUCAUAAAACCAAUUCAAAUAUUUUAAGUAAUUUAACUAUCUCUAACUUUUAUAGUACUUAUAUUCAAGGAGGGUUAUUUCUCAAUAUAGAUAAAAUUAAAAUCGAUAUACCAAAUCUAUUGAAUGAUUUCAUUGAUCAUUUCUCAAAGGUCGUAAUAGACUUUUCUCAUCAAAAGAUAGUCAAACAGUAA